GUUUGACUUUUCUGAUAAGUUGACUUUAUUUUAUUGGUUUCCCUCGUUUAGUGUGUUAUGUUACGUGAUUGGUAUUGUUUGGAUGCUGGCACUUGCCUAUAAACCUUUGAAUGCCGGUACUUAUUUCUCUGAGAAUGCCCUGUUACCAGGUCUUGUAGAGAGAGAGUUUUACUAUGAACAGGACUGUGUUACUUACACCAACCAAGUUAUACAAGAGGUGAACAAAGACAAAGUGAUGCCAACUGAAUGGCUUAGGGAAACCAUGAUGCAACUAGGACUGGAAUCAUUCAUACAGAAUUUUACUGUUCAGCAUCCAUUCCUUGGUAAAACUGGGAAAGGCAAACAAGCUAAACCCAAGCUGAUAUCGGGUACCAAUGUGUAUGGUAUACUGCGAGCCCCUAAGGUGGCUGGUACAGAAGCUGUGGUGUUUUCUAUACCAUUUAGAAAAGGCAAAGAUGCUAAGAACCUUGGCGGCACAUUGCAUGGUAUUGGUCUAAUGCUGUCUUUGGCAAAGUUUUUCAGAA